AGCUACUCUUGAGCGGAAACAAACAAGGCAUUACUACAAACUCAGACACUCCUGCAGUACUUUAUUAUCCUAGGUUCUUUCACCUGGAUGAGUACAUCCAAUCACUAGAUUUAAAAGUACACCUAGCUGUCAGCUGUCUCCCAGACACAAAAUACUAGGAUUAUAUAAACACAGACCACUAAGCAUAUAUAAACACAAGUGAACUAAGUGUGUAAUAAUUGGGGAAGAAUCUAUCUCCAUCCAGGAUGGUUCAAAUUCAGUUCUUAUGGUGCUAUGGAGGUGCCCAAGUCUUCCUCUACGAUUCUUUUAGCGGGUGGAGUGAGGCAGUGCCCAUGAGUGCGGUAGUGGGUGGUUCAUCCACCAUUUUUAGUGCAUUUCGUGAUCUUCCUCCUGGUCGUCAUCAGUUCAAAUUCUUGGUUGACAAUGUGUGGCGCGUUGAUGAUCGACUGUGUUGUUGUCAAGAUAAUGCAUAUGGAACUAUUAGCAAUUGUAUUAUGGUAACAGAACAAGGGCUUGUCAAUCCAAUUGUAGAAUCCUUUAGCCCGGCUAUUGUCAUAGAGAAUGAGGUCCCACAGCCUAUGACAAUGGCUUCAACAUCAGGUGCUAUACAACAACGGCCAGUUUUGUCGUUGCCAGCUAGUGACGUGGAUGCUACUCGCCUUCAUCUGUCGAUGCAUAUGUCAUCGUACACAACAUAUGACCUGCUACCUGAAUCAAACGAGGUCAUUGCUUUGGAUGUCAAUCUGGACGUGGAAGAGGCCUUCUCUGUCAUGUACAGAAAGGGCCUUGCUGUUCUGCCUCUCUGGGAUGCACCAAGCAGAAGAAUUUCAGGGAUGCUAACUGCUUCCGACUUCAUUUAUGUUUUGCUGAAGAUUCAUCAGAGCCGGGCAGUUCUUACAAAUGUAAUGCUCAAUAUGUGCACAAUUUCUGCUCUGAAAGAAGGUAAACUCGAAUUUCGUAGAGAAGGGGCAGGUUCUUCAUCAUUAACAUACAGAUCUUUGAUCCAAGCUGGCCCUGAUGAGUCCCUCCAAGAUCUUGCUCGUAGAAUCGUGGAAUAUAGGAUAUCUGCAGUUCCAAUCCUGGAUACCAUGGAAGAUGGAUCAUGUCCAAAGCUCUUACAUAUAGCAUGCCUUGCUGGAAUAUUGAAACAUAUAUGCAUGCACCUGGGACACCCACCUGAAUAUCUGCCACUCCUUCAACAAUCAAUUGGUAGCCUUAGGCUAGGUACCUGGAGAAUAGAUGGAGAUUCAAGUGGUCCUCGGCUGUUAACACUAUGUCCCAGUGAACUUCUUGGUUAUGCACUUCAUUUGUUUAUAGAAGCACAAAUAAGUGCUGUACCGAUUGUUGAUGACAAAGGUGCCUUUUUAAAUAUUUUCGCUAGGAGCGAUAUCACUUCAUUGACCAACGGCAGUGUGCAUGCACAAAUUCAGCUGGAUCAGAGGACAAUAGCUGAAGCUCUUGCGCUGGUGGAUGGGGGAGCAGUCAAUAGAUUUCAGCUUUGUGAGCCCUCUGAUUCCUUACAUAAAGUGAUGGAGCUUCUGUCAGAUCCUGUGGUGCGGCGCGUUAUAGUCAUAAAUUCUGGUAACAAACAUGUGGAAGGCAUCAUAACUUUAAGAGAUGUGUUUACUUUUUUGCUGAGCUAAAAUCUUGUAAAUUUUGCCACCGCCAUUUACAUUUCAUCAUACAGUAUGUCAUUUGUACAACAAAUAUAUUCCAUUACAUAUGUCGACACCAGUAUCUAGCUAUACAUCAUUUUGUUCUGUUUGAGAAAA